UUCUCAAGAGCCUCUUAAUCGUCUCUAAUCUUCAGGGGGGUAAUGACUCCGCGUGGUUUUGUAGCUUUUCUAGUCAGACCUGUCCGUCAGUGCCAUCUAGUUAUUGAUAUGAUAGAAAGUAACAGUAGUGAUUUUGCAUACUGACUUGCAAAUAAAUGCAUUUAAAGUGCGAAUUAAGAAUAACGGUCCUUGUAAUUAGUCUUGCCAUAAUACUUAAACUUAGAAAAAAAUGCCACCCUGUUAAAAUGUUUUAAAAAUUAUAUUAGGCUACUAUGCAUUAACACCACCAUAUAAAUUCCAGGAAAACAAGAGUGAAUGUACUGUGGAUGUGACAUUGGACGGUCGCCAGGAGGAGGGUGCAGCGCACGGUAGAAAUGGCCCUGGCGGAUGGCAAGGGGUUUCCCCUUUUAUCAACAUCCAAUCAGAAGAUCUACAGACCGUGACGUUGUGUCGAGGUCCCCCUAAAUACAUACCGUGAUGUCGUCUCUUCUGAGGGAGGAGAUGCAGAGAGUUUUAUUCCGACCUGAUAAACAGAGAUUGAUUGAGUUUAUUGAGAUUGAAGAGCCGACGCACGGAAGACAUUUUAUCUGUGUCUCAGUUUCAAAAAGCAAAGUGGUGCAGUUAUCAAUAGUCCGAUGUCAGAUAUCUCAGACGUCCCUAAAGGCUGGAUCCAAGAGGUCCCACACCAAACGCUCCAGCAUACAGGAGUGCUACAGGAGGACGGAGGUCUGGUCCCUGAAAGACCUGACUCUUGUUGACGGACGGGACCCUGAUGUGGAUGACCCCUGUUUCCUGCUGCACUUUGACAAGGUGCGUACAGUGACGGCCGUCAGCUGCUCUGCCAAAUACACGUUUGUGCGUGCCCUGGUUGCUCUCAGCGACAAGCACUGCCCGAUGUCACUGAACCUGCGGAACUUUGACUGGGCCUACAUCAAGCCCACCUCCUUUUACUCGAAUAGAGGAGACUGUGUUGUUCUUUCACAGAUAUGCUUCUAUGCAUUCAAUUUGGUGUGUCUGUCCAUGUGUCCCGUGCCUCUGGAUGCAUAAUGGAAUGACACAAUGAUUGUGUGUGUGUGUGUGUGUGUGUGUGUGUGUGUGUGU